CGAUAAUCUUCUAAUAUCUUUCACCAAUCAUCCAAAUUGCCCCCUCCUCAAACACAAACAACCAACAACAGAGAGAGAGAGGAUGUCGUCGUCGUCGGUGAUGUUCAAGACACAGGCGCAUGUGUUUCAAAUUGACCCGCAGACGAAAAAGUCAUGGCUGCCGCUCUCCAAAACAGCGAUACCCGUGAGCAUUGUGAAGCAGGAGGACGGAACACACCGCAUUCGCGCAGCGCCUGCUGAUGGCGACGAGGUCAUGUCCAGCACCCUUAGCCAAGGCAUGCUCUUCACAAAGACCGCGCCCAAGUUUGGGCAGUGGACAGACACAAAGGCCGGCACUCUCUAUGGCCUCGGCUUUGGCGCAGAAACAGACACCCUGAACUUUGCGGACGCGUUUUCAGAGGCGUUGGCAAAACUCGACGACUCCUCAACGUCAACGACACCUGCAUCGCCACCCAAGGUUGCCCCGAAGCCAGCCACCGCAGCAAAGCCAAGACAGGAGCCCGCAAAGGAGAAAGAGAGCGCGAAACCGAACAAGCCGUCGUCUGCGAGCACGGGUGAUGCAAUCGGCUCCCCCGUCGACUCACAGGAGGUUGCAACGUUACGGUAUGAGAACGAGCGACUGCGUGCGGCGCUGGCGACAAGCAGCGCAAACGCAAAGAAGUGGGAGGAGGAGCUGCAGAACUUGCGCAACACAAACACGCGACUCAAGACCGCGCUGCAAGAAAGCGGCAAAAACGUCCUGCAGUGGAAGAAACAGCUUGCAGCGUGGAAGGACGAGACAACACGACUGAAGAAGCUGUUGAAGGAGAAGGAGGAGAGCAGCAGCACCCCCGACGCCAGCAGCACAGCGAGUCAACCAGACCAGGAGGUUGUCACCAAGCUUGAGGAGGAGGUAGCGGCAGCCAAGGCGGAGCUGGCCGAGGUGCGGCAGCAGCUUGAGGCGUCACAGAACGCGGAGAAGUCCGCUGUUGACCAGCAGCAAGAGGCUGAGGCAACCGUCGUGCAGCUCAAGGAGCAGAUCAAGACGCUGACGGCUGCUGCGGAGUAUCAGAGCAAGUACGAGCGGCUGGCGGAGGAUAUGGACGCGUGGAAGACGUCGUACGCGAACAAGUUGGCUGAUCUCGACGACCUUCACGUCGCACUCGGCGCCCUCUUGCAGCGGGAGUGACCAAGUGCACGGAUUGGGAGGCAGCACACAGCGUGUCAUGAGGUAGAUGUGCCGUGUUGCUGCCUGAUGUUAUGUGUGUACAGAUUGAUCGAUGCAGCCACUAGUCGAUGCCCCGCUUGAGUGAGUGCGUGUGUGUGUGUGUGCUUUUGCGUGUGCAUUUGUAUGCGUGUGUGUGUGUGUGUGUUUGCGCGCGCGUGGGUGUGUUUUAUGCCUGUUUUGUCGUUUCGAACCAUUCUUUGCUUCGUGAUUAAAACCUCUGUUGUCACUGGA